AUGGCCGAAGCUAAGAGCGCCCCGACGAACCCCAUGAAGGAGCUUCGCAUCGACAAGCUCGUCCUCAACAUUUCCGUGGGCGAGUCUGGCGAUCGAUUGACGCGUGCGUCGAAGGUGUUGGAGCAGCUUACCGGCCAGACGCCCGUGACAUCCAAGGCGCGGUACACCGUCCGCACGUUCGGUAUCCGCCGUAACGAGAAGAUCGCCGUGCACGUUACCAUCCGGGGGCCCAAAGCCGAGGAGAUUCUUGAGCGCGGCCUCAAGGUCAAGGAGUACGAGCUCCGCCGCCGCAACUUCUCUGAGACCGGCAACUUCGGCUUCGGCAUCCAGGAGCACAUCGAUCUCGGCGCCCGCUACGACCCCGGCAUCGGUAUUUUCGGCAUGGACUUCUACGUCGUCAUGGGACGCCCAGGAAACCGCGUCGCAAAGCGCAAGCGCAAGACCGCCCGUGUCGGCGCAACCCACCGCAUCAAGAAGGAUGACACCAUGGCAUGGUACAAGCAGCGCUUCGACGGUAUCAUCCUCAAGUAA